GAUCCUGGAACUCGCGGAUCUCGAUCACCCCGCAGACCCGCUGCAUGCCCUGGUCGACGCCGACGCCGCAGGCCACGCCGCAGGCUUUCGGCGGCAGGUCGCCGCUGGAGUGGAUGCAGCUGCCCGCGGCGCCCUGGACAGAGCUGGCGGGAGAG